GGCCUCGCGGAAGUGGGCGAGAGCACGCUCGUGUCCGCUCCCGUCUGGGCUUGUUCGGUGUCGGCUUCGGGGGGUCGAGGGGUCUCCUCAGGGACUGGCGCGAGGCAGUGCUGAGAAGAAGCUCCCCGGCACUCCCGCACCCACCUCGCCCGGGGCUCCGCUCCUCCCCCGCCCGGCUGCCGCCGCCCCUCCCUUUGCCCUUGACAGUGUACGCCCCUCCUGGCUGUGGCGUCCGUCCGUGGUCGGGCAGCCUGCCUUUCCCUUUCUGCUUUCCUUCCCCGUCCCUCCCCUCCCCCGUCUCUAGCACAGUGUCGCGGGUCCAGCAGUGUCCCAGAAAGCGCACGUAUAACUCGCUUGGUUUGUAAGGAAUCCCUCUGGCCUGUCGGGGAAAUGCGUUCUUUCUAUCAAUAGCUCUCUCUGUACAUCCUAUGUCUACGACAGCUAUUCCAGGGGCAACAACUGCUUCCCUCUGUUGUCAUCUUCCCAUUGGUGGCUCCCGACCCGAAUUUGGGAAUGGGGAGAUCUCCCACCUGUUAUCUUUGAGCAAACUAAUCUCUUGUAAGCAUAAGUGCCAUUUGGCUUGGGGUUGGGAAUUUUCCCCCACCUCCCCAACUGCAGGCUUUCUCUACGUAUUGCUUUUCUCUGAGAAUGCUUUAGUUGCUUUAUUGUAAGAAUCUAUGAUACAAUAUUUAUGCCUCGGUCUUACUCAUUUUGCUCGAAGGGAGGAAACGACUAUCAAUUUUGCCUUCUCUGAUCCUAUAAGAUUCAUUUUUUUCUCACUGCUCUGCUAGGGUUAAAAUAUAUUUAGAACAUGUAAGUGCAGCUGCUAACUCUGGAGACUUUAAGGUAAUAGUUAUUUUUCUCUAUCUUAAUUCCUUUUUGUUCCAUAGGGGUAACUCAUUCGAUUUCGGAGUUCCUUUAAUUCUUCUGAAAGAUUUCAAAUCCUCUAAAAGCCAAAAUGGAGCACAGUAAACAGGUUAGAAUCUUACUUCUGAACGAAAUGGAAAAGCUGGAAAAGACCCUCUUCAGACUUGAACAAGGGUUUGAACUACAGUUCCGAUUAGGCCCAACUUUACAGGGGAAAGCAGUUACUGUGUAUACAAAUUACCCAUUUCCUGGAGAAACGUUUAAUAGAGAAAAAUUCCGUUCCCUGGAAUGGGAAAAUCCCACAGAAAGAGAAGAUGAUUCUGAUAAAUACUGUAAACUUAAUCUUCAACAAGCUGGAUCAUUUCAGUAUUACUUCCUUCUAGGAAAUGAGAAAAGUGGUGGAGGUUACAUAGUUGUGGAUCCUAUAUUACGUGUUGGUUCUGAUAAUCACGUGUUACCCUUGGACUGUAUUACUCUCCAGACAUUUUUAGCUAAGUGUUUGGGUCCCUUUGAUGAAUGGGAAAGCAGACUUAGGGUUGCAAAAGAAUCAGGUUACAACAUGAUUCAUUUUACCCCAUUGCAGACUCUUGGGAGAUCUAGAUCAUGCUACUCCCUGUCCAAUCAGUUAGAAUUAAAUCCUGACUUUUCAAGGCCUAAUAAAAAAUAUACCUGGAAUGAUGUUGGACAACUAGUGGAAAAAUUGAAAAAGGAGUGGAAUAUUCUUUGUAUUACUGAUGUUGUCUACAAUCAUACUGCUGCUAACAGUAAAUGGAUCCAGGAACAUCCAGAAUGUGCAUAUAACCUCGUGAAUUCUCCACACUUGAAACCUGCCUGGCUUUUAGAUAGGGCACUUUGGCAUUUAUCCUGUGAUGUUGCAGAAGGGAAAUACAAAGAAAAAGGAGUACCUGCCUUGAUUGAAAAUGAUCAACAUAUGAAUUGCAUUCGAAAAAUAGUUUGGGAGGAUGUUUUUCCAAAGACUCAGCUCUGGGAAUUUUACCAGGUAGAUGUUCAGAAAGCAGUUGAGCAAUUCAGAAGACUUCUUACACAAGAAAGUAGAAAAAUAGUAACCAAGUCUGAUCCAACGCAGCAUCUUAAGAUUAUUCAAGAUCCUGAAUACAGGCGGUUUGGCUGUACUGUAGAUAUGAACAUUGCACUAGCAACUUUCAUUCCACAUGAUGGGCCAGCUGCAAUUGAUGAAUGCUGUAACUGGUUCCAUAAGAGAAUUGAGGAAUUAAAUUCAGAGAAGUUUCAACUUAUGAACUAUCAUCAGGAACAGGCAGUUAAUUGCCUUUUGGGAAAUGUGUUCUAUGAACGACUGGCAGGCCAUGGUCCUAAACUAGGACCUGUCACCAGAAAACAUCCUUUAGUUACCAGAUAUUUUACUUUCCCAUUUGAAGAAAUGACCUUUUCCACAGAAGAAUCUAUGAUUCAUCUUCCAGAUAAAAGUUGUUUUCUGAUGGCACAUAAUGGAUGGGUAAUGGGAGAUGAUCCUCUUCGAAACUUUGCUGAACCAGGUUCAGAAGUUUAUCUAAGGAGAGAACUUAUUUGCUGGGGAGAUAGUGUUAAAUUACGCUAUGGGAAUAAACCAGAGGACUGUCCUUAUCUGUGGGCACACAUGAAAAAGUACACUGAAAUAGCUGCGACUUAUUUCCAGGGAGUACGUCUUGAUAACUGCCACUCAACGCCUCUUCCUGUAGCUGAGUAUAUGUUGGAUGCUGCUAGGAAAUUACAACCCAAUUUAUAUGUGGUAGCUGAACUGUUCACAGGAAGCGAAGACCUGGACAACAUCUUUGUUACUAGACUGGGCAUUAGCUCAUUAAUAAGAGAGGCGAUGAGUGCACGUGAUAGUCAUGAAGAGGGCAGGCUAGUUUACCGAUAUGGAGGAGAACCUGUUGGAUCCUUUGUUCAGCCCUGUUUGAGGCCUUUAAUGCCAGCUAUUGCACAUGCCCUAUUUAUGGAUAUUACUCAUGAUAAUGAGUGUCCUAUUGUGCAUAGAUCAGCAUAUGAUGCUCUUCCAAGUACGACAAUUAUUUCUAUGGCUUCUUGUGCUAGUGGAAGUACUAGAGGUUAUGAUGAACUAGUACCUCAUCAGAUUUCAGUGGUUUCUGAAGAACGGUUUUACACUAAGUGGAGUCCUGGAGCAUCUCCGUCAAGUACAGGUGAAGUUAAUUUCCAGAGUGGAAUUAUUGCUGCUAGGUGUGCUAUCAGUAAACUUCAUCAGGAGCUUGGAGCCAAGGGUUUUAUUCAGGUGUAUGUAGAUCAGGUUGAUGAAGACAUAGUGGCAGUAACAAGACACUCACCUAGUAUUCAUCAGUCUGUUGUGGCUGUGUCUAGAACUGCUUUCAGGAAUCCCAAGACUUCGUUUUAUAGCAAGGAAGUGCCUCAAAUGUGCAUCCCUGGCAAAAUUGAGGAAGUAGUUCUUGAAGCUAGAACUAUUGAGAGAAAUACCAAACCUUACAAGAAGGAUGAGAAUUCAAUCAAUGGAAUGCCAGAUAUUACAGUAGAAAUUAGAGAACAUAUUCAGCUUAAUGAAAGUAAAAUUGUUAAACAAGCUGGAGUGGCCACAAAAGGACCAAAUGAAUAUAUUCAAGAACUAGAAUUUGAAAACUUGUCUCCAGGAAGUGUUAUUAUAUUCAGAGUUAGUCUUGAUCCACAUGCACAAGUUGCUGUUGGAAUUCUUCGAAAUCAUCUGACACAGUUUAGUUCUCACUUUAAAUCUGGGAGCCUUGCUGUCGACAAUUCAGAUCCUAUAUUGAAAAUUCCCUUUGCUUCUAUUGCCUCUAAAUUAACUUUGGCUGAGCUAAAUCAGUUACUUUACCGAUGUGAAUCAGAAGAACAAGAAGAUGGUGGAGGGUGCUAUGACAUACCAAAUUGGUCACCCCUUAAAUAUGCAGGUCUUCAAGGAUUAAUGUCUGUAUUGGCAGAAAUAAGACCAAAGAAUGACUUGGGGCAUCCUUUUUGUGAUAAUUUGAGAUCUGGAGAUUGGAUGAUUGACUAUGUCAGUAGCCGGCUUAUUUCACGAUCAGGCAUUGUUGCUGAAGUUGGUAAAUGGUUCCAGGCUAUAUUCCUCUACCUGAAGCAGAUCCCACGUUAUCUUAUCCCAUGUUACUUUGAUGCUAUACUAAUUGGUGCAUACACCACUCUUCUGGAUAUAGCAUGGAAGCAGAUGUCAAGCUUUGUUCAGAAUGGUUCAACCUUUGUGAAACACCUUUCACUGGGCUCAGUCCAAAUGUGUGGAGUAGGAAAAUUCCCUUCUCUGCCACUUCUUUCACCUUCAUUAACAGAUGUUCCAUAUAGGCUAAAUGAGAUCACAAAAGAAAAGGAGCAAUGUUGUGUUUCUCUAGCUGCAGGCUUACCUCAUUUUUCAUCUGGUAUUUUCCGCUGUUGGGGAAGGGAUACUUUUAUUGCACUUAGAGGUCUACUGCUGAUUACCGGACGCUAUUUAGAGGCCAGGAACAUUAUUUUAGCAUUUGCUAGUACCCUGAGACAUGGUCUCAUCCCUAAUCUCCUUGGUGAAGGAAUUUAUGCCAGAUACAAUUGCCGGGAUGCUGUGUGGUGGUGGCUACAGUGUAUUCAGGAUUACUGUAAAAUGGCUCCAGAUGGUAUAGACAUUCUCAAGUGCCCAGUUUCCAGAAUGUAUCCUACAGAUGAUUCUGUUCCUUUGCCUGCUGGCACUCUGGAUCAACCAUUGUUUGAAGUAAUACAGGAAACUAUGCAAAGACACAUGCAGGGCAUACAGUUCCGAGAAAGGAAUGCUGGUCCACAGAUAGAUCGAAACAUGAAGGAUGAAGGUUUUAAUAUAACUGCAGGGGUUGAUAAUGAAACAGGAUUUGUUUAUGGAGGAAAUCGCUUCAAUUGUGGCACCUGGAUGGAUAAAAUGGGAGAAAGUGACAGAGCUAGAAACAGAGGAAUCCCAGCCACUCCAAGAGAUGGAUCCGCUGUGGAAAUUGUGGGCUUGAGUAAAUCCGCUGUUCGUUGGUUGCUGGAAUUAUCAAAAAAAAAUAUUUUUCCUUAUCAUGAAGUCACAGUAAAAAGACAUGAAAAAGUUGUAAGAGUCUCAUAUGAUGAGUGGAACAGAAAAAUACAAGACCACUUUGAAAAGCUAUUUCAUGUUUCAGAAGAUGCUUCAGAUCCUAAUGAAAAACAUCCUAAUCUGGUCCACAAACGUGGCAUAUACAAAGAUAGUUAUGGAGCUUCAAGCCCUUGGUGUGAUUACCAGCUCAGGCCUAAUUUUACCAUAGCAAUGGUUGUAGCCCCUGAGCUCUUUACUGCAGAAAAGGCUUGGAAAGCUUUGGAGAUUGCAGAAAAAAAAUUGCUUGGUCCCCUUGGCAUGAAAACUUUGGAUCCUGAUGAUAUGGUUUACUGUGGAAUAUAUGAUAAUGCCUUAGACAAUGACAACUACAAUCUUGCUAAAGGUUUCAAUUAUCACCAAGGACCUGAGUGGCUGUGGCCUAUUGGGUAUUUUCUUCGUGCAAAAUUAUAUUUUUCCAAAUUGAUGGGUCCAGAGACUGUGGCAGAGACUAAGUUUUUAGUUAAAAACAUUCUUUCCCGACAUUAUGUUCAUCUUGAGAGAUCCCUUUGGAAAGGGCUUCCAGAACUUACCAAUGAAAAUGGCCAGUACUGUCCUUUCAGCUGUGAAACACAAGCCUGGUCAAUUGCUGCUAUUCUUGAGACACUUUUUGACUUAUAGCUGACUCCAGAAUAUUCGUUAAGCAUGCAGUCACAUGUAUGAUGGAAUGCAAGUUCAUACUAUAUUGUAAAUGCCUCAAGUACUCAAAUUAUUUUAAGAACUUCGUUCAUAUGAUGAUACCAGUUAGGUAAGAUUGUCAAAGCACUGAUUUUUCUCUUGUUUUAAAUGUACAGAGGUAGCAUUUGAUUUGAAUCAGAAAGAAAAAUUUUCAUGACCAAUGGAAUGUUUUUAUUUCAGAUUCAGGAAGUGUUCUUUAAAUGUCAAGAAAUCCAGAGUUUGAAAAAGAAAAAUCAUGUAACCUUUUAUUUGUACAUAGUGAAAAUGAAUUAUGAUAACCUAAUAAUGAAAGAAAUGGAAUAGGUAUCUUCAAACUGUGGAAUCUAUUUUCUUCAGUAACAGUACAGACUGAAUAGGCUGUGGAUCAUCACUGUUUUCACUGUUUACUAUAGUAUUCCAAGCACCUCAUACACUGUGUUCAGUGAAUAUUAAAAGAAGGUUGAAUGAUGAAACUAUCCACCUUAAAUACAUAUUCAUAAUUGGACAUAUUUGUUAUUAAUGUGCUAUUAUAUUUUCACUGAUAUAUUAAUGUUUUAAUAUAAUGAGUGCCAGCAGUACAAUUAACAUAAUUUACUUAUGCUGAUGAUAUAUAAAAUAUAUGAAAAAAAUCACAAAGCAUUAAAUUUGUUUCCUAAAAACAGUUUUGUAGAAUCAGUCUUGAGUUCCACUUUCCUAUCAUGAAGUGGUUUAUAUUUUCAAACCAUAAAUUGUUGGGCAUAUUUAUGAGAACUUUAAAGAAAAGAGAAUGCUAUAUUAAUUUUCUAAAAUUUAACUAUAAUUUAUGUGCACGUCUACUGGUGGAUCAAAGAUAAGUGGUUUCCUAUUAACCAAGUUUAGCAAUGAGAACAAUUUUAAUAUAAAAAUUUUUAGAUGAAUUCAGUAGUUCUCUUGAAUUCAAUAAAAUCAUUUGAAAAGCUUUUCAUUUUAAGUUAUUUUAAGAUAUCUUAAUUCUGAAAAAGUCAUAAAAGGAAAAAGGUUUUUUAUCAUUUUUAUGAGUUGACAUUUCUGAAGAGUACUUAUUUUCCAGAUGGGCUAAUUUUAUUUUGUACUUCAACAGAAAAACCUUUUCUUGGAAAAAAAACAAAUAAGUUUAUUCUGUCAUUAUAAUUUACUGUUCUUAUCUCAAGAAAGCAAUUAUGUUAGAUCAUUAUACUUGGUGUUUGAAGGAAAUAGUUGCAAAAAUUCUUUCAUUACUAUUUAAUAUUAUACAGUGGUAUAUUUAUAGUUAAUAAAAAUAUUGGAACCAUAACACUCUCCUCAGAGGCCACAUAACCAUCUACUUUAAUGAUGACUAAGAAAUAAAAAUAAAGAAGAAAAACAAGCAAAUGAAAACUCCUGGGUAUUAAAAAUCUAUUAAUGCCUCAGAUGUCACAUAUCGAUACUCGAAAGCUACAGCAAUUUAUUGUAAGUUUACCUACAGACCCUUACUCAAAGCUGACCCUACUUUAGAAGUAGUUUUAACUAGCUUAGUUUUCUUGUUUCUCAACCUAAACCAGGACAGUUGUGAUAUAGUAAUCUGACUGCACUCUAUAAACAUGUUGGUUUCCAAAUUUCCCUGCCUUCUUCAUUGCUAAGUGUAAAAUUUUCUCUAAACUGUGCUGUUAAAAGUAAUGAUCUUCCUUGAGAGAGAAGAACCGUUAGUUCAUCAGAGUUUUAUGUAGUUACCUUGCUCUGCUCUAACUUCUAUAUUAAACAGUGGUAAGAAAAAUAAGAGAAAACAAGUAUAUUUAACCAAAGCAAGAAGUAGUAGCUGACAGUUAAAUGAGACAAAAUAAAUAAAGAACAAGUUGACCAUUUUAGAAACAUAGUCAUAUGGGAUUAUUUAUGAGGAUGUUGUGUUGCAGUAGAAAAUUAUGUGCUUCAUAUUCUUAAAGAGGAAUAUUAAUGAAAGAAAACUAUUCUACAUGGUCUAUUUUAAAGUUUAAGAAAGCAUGUUACACAUUGCAUCACAGGUGGUAUAACAGUUUCAGACUUUAAAGGGAUAAAUGUUACUUGAUUAAAAAACAUUUAGAUAGAAUGCUUUAUUCAUGAAUGAUGCUGGGUACAGUACUAUUAUAUUACAUUUCAACAAUUAAAUGGUUCUGUUCCAUGGCUCUUCACUAAUUCGAAUCAGUCUUCCUCUUUAACCUGAGAUUUAAAUAUGCCAGUUUAAUCAGUAUGCUGUGAUAAAAUAAGUUUUCAGAGUUAAUUGAGGAAACACAAAACCUGUUAUAUCCAUGAAUAUCGUAACAUAAACAAAUUGUAGUCUAUUUCUGAUAUGUCUUCAACUGCUCUGUCUAGCAGGCAAAUGUCGUUUUUAUGUCUGUGUGCCAAGAAAAUAAAAAUAUUUUCUAAAGGAA